UGGCUGUUGUUAGAAAUUAAGUUGUAUUUUAAGACUUUCAAUCAGUGCUAUUAUGUCAUAGACAAGGGUAUACUAAUUUUACGGGGUCUAACCUUUAUACAGUGAGUUGUUUUGAACGCUAGAGGGAGCUUCGCGUGCUGUAAUGAUCAAACAAAUCUCUUCCGCAACAAUACCAUACACAUGCAUGUUGUAUGUCGUGACAAAGUCCACAUGUAAUGACCAGAUACCAUAUUUAUUUAUUAAGUAUUUGCAAGAACAGUCUGCGAGAAAAUAACUAACGAAAUGGCGGACGAAGGUUGUACUGAAACCAUCGUGAGUGUUGUUCCCGAUGAUGAAGGUAAAGAUAAGUUCAAGAAAUGUGACCAGAUAGCUUUUCACAGGCGACAAGUGCAGGGACCCACCUUGCACUACUAUGCUCUAUUGGACACCCUUGUGCUCAAAGAGAAAGGGGCGAUUUUUGAAGUAUUGGAACUAGAUUCUCAGGUGAGACUGCUGCUCACCAUAUCAGCAAUCAGUAACGGAAACGCUGUCAGGAUCUUCAUUGAUGAGCUCCAGCCCAUUAAAGCUCGCUACCGGGUCCAAGAUGUCCUGAUUCAAGAGCCUGUCUGUGAACCGCUGAGGGUCCAGCAGAGGAGGGGGGACUCGGUGUCUCUCACCUGGGGACUGGGCCAGCACCAGGCCAGGGUGUGGAGCCGGCCUCUUCGUGUGGAGGUGUUGUGUGGAGAGGAGGUGGUGGUCACAUUCAACCCAACAGACAAACUGCGCUUUGAGACUCUCCAGAACCAAUCCAGAACCUCCCAGACUGAGAAUCAUGACGACCAGUCAGGUUUACACAGAGAGACUUUCAGACAGUUUGUUGACAUCCAAGCCAAUGGCCCCAGUAGUGUGGGAGCUGACUUCAGGCUCCAUGGGUUCAGACAUGUGUACGGACUCCCUGAACACGCCGACAGCCUUCUGCUCAAGGACACCAGGGGCAGUAUGCCGUAUCGCCUCUACAACCUGGACGUGUUUGCUUAUGAAACCAACAGCCGUCUGGGGCUGUACGGCUCGGUACCUCUGCUGCUGGCCCACAGGCCUGACAGAACCCUGGGGCUGUUCUGGCUCAACGCCUCCGAGACUCUGGUGGACGUCCACUACACCCCCAGCCAUGAGGAGAGGAGCAGGGUUCCUCCUCAGACAGACGUGGGCUGGCUGUCGGAGAGCGGGGUGCUGGACUGCAUGGUGCUGCUGGGCCCCACCCCCUACCUCGCCUUCAGCCAGUACGCUCAGCUCACAGGCCCGCAGGCCCUGCCCCCCCUCUUCUCUCUGGGGUACCACCAGAGUCGCUGGACCUACGACGACGAGGCGGACGUGAAGGCGGUGGACGCCGGCUUUGACCUUCACUCCAUCCCCUAUGAUGUCAUCUGGCUGGACAUCGAGCACACGGACGGGAAGCGCUACUUCACCUGGGACCCGGUCCACUUCCCCGAUCCGCUCGGUCUUCAGCGCCAUCUGGUGGCCCGGAAGAGGAAGUUGGUGGUCAUCAGUGAUCCUCACAUCAAGAUUGACUACGAAUGGCCGUUAUACAAUGAGGCGAGAAAUGGUGGCCAUUUUGUGAAGGACAGAGAAGGGAAUAUCUAUCAGGCAUCAUGCUGGCCAGGUGAGUCCUGCUACCUGGACUACAACAACCCCGCCACUCGUUCCUGGUACUCCAGACAGUUCAGCCUGGACAAGUACCCUGGCUCCACACCCUCCCUGUUUGUGUGGAACGACAUGAACGAGCCCUCGGUGUUCGGGGGCCCAGAGCAGACCAUGCCCAAGGACACAGUGCAUCAUGGGGGCUGGGAGCACAGGGACCUCCACAACCUCUAUGGCUUUCUCCAGCACAUGUCCACGGCGGAGGGCCUGGUGACCCGCUCAGCAGGGUCAGAGAGAAGCUUUGUCCUGUCUCGCUCCUUCUUUGCUGGCUCUCAGAGGUUUGGUGCCGUGUGGACCGGUGACAACGUGGCGUCCUGGGAGUAUCUCCAGAUCUCCAUCCCCAUGCUCCUGUCUCUCAGUGUGGUGGGCGUGGCCUUCUGUGGAGCGGAUGUGGGUGGGUUCGUGCAGGACCCAGACCCAGAGCUGCUGGUGCGCUGGUACCAGGCCGGCUCCCUGCAGCCCUUCUUCAGAGGCCACUCCGCCAAGACGGCACGCCGCCGAGAGCCCUGGCUGUUUGGGGACGACGUCACGGCAGCCGUCCGCAGCGCCGUCCAGAGCCGGUACCGCCUGCUGCCCUACUGGUACACCCUCUUCUACCUCAGCCAGCGCUGCGGCCUGGCCCCGCUACGACCGCUGUGGGUAGAAUUCCCCAGAGAGGAGAACACCUUCUCUGUGGACCACCAGUACAUGAUCGGGGCUGCCCUGCUGGUCUGUCCUGUAACUGAAGCUGGGGCUGGAGAGGUCCAGGUGCUACUUCCUGGCUCUGGGGAGGUCUGGUAUGAUGUCUGGUAUGACGUCCAGUCGAUGGAGCAGGUCAGAGGAGGCCAGACCGUGAGGGUGCCAGUGACCCUGGACACAGUCCCUGUGUUCCAGCAUGGGGGCACGGUGGUGCCCAGGAGAGCAGGCUGUGGCUCCUGCACAGCUGACCUGGAGCUCCUCCCCUUCUGCCUCACCGUGGCGCUGGGCUCCAACAGCGGCGCUGUUGGAGAGCUGUACCUAGACGACGGCCACUCUUUUGGGUACCGGGACAGAAAAGACUUCUGCCUGCGCCGAUUCAGCAUGCUCUCAGGCCGUCUGGUCUGCUGCUGUGCCAGCGAGGAGGGCCGCUUCGUCUCUGGCAGCGUGGUGCAGUCUGUCAUCGUCAUGGGGAUGAGUAAGAAGCCCUCCAGAGUGACAGCACACAUCUCAGGUUCCAAGUCUGUCCCUGUGGAGUUUGGGUUUGAGGAAGCAGGGCACGUUCUGACGGUGACAGGACUGAGCCUGAAGGUGGAGGAGGACUGGGAGAUCCACACAGAGUAG